AUGAAACUUUUGAAAAGCAUUCUUUAUAAAGUAUUAAAAAAAAAUGAUAAUUUUUUUCAUUUUUCUAAAUUAUUAUUGGCAAUUAAAGAUCCUUUUAUCUUUUUUUUUUUAUGCUUAUUUCUGUUUGUUCUUACAAGCUUAAUAACAUAUAUCUACUGCUUGCUUAAAUCUUAUAAAUCCAAUAAAGAUAUGAGAAUACAUAAUAUAAAUGAAAAAUCAAAAUUAGAAUAA